AUGAGUCUCUCCGCCGUCCUCAGUAGCUCGUUGACCGCCAUCGCCACACCAACCUCCGACGACCCAAUCCUCCAGUGCACCGAUGACCUGCAAACCCUCCUUUUCAAAGACACUGCGAAUGCGCUGAAACUUGCUGAUGAAAAACUACACGUGUUCCCAUUCAAAGACGUGCACAACAGUUGGCGCCGGCUAUACACCGACGCGUCAAUCGUGAAAGCAUGCGUCGACAUUAUCCGCAACUGCAACCUCCUCGGCUCCCAGACAGAGCAAGCCACAGCACACGAACUGGAUGGGCCUAGGCUUAUCCAAGACCUACAAGAUCAGACGAAAGAUGUGAAAAUCUGCUCGAGUUCCUCAUGGCUUCCUGACGUCAUUCACACUCUGGACAAUGCGUUACUCAUGACGGGCGGACUGCUUCGAGAGAAGCUCAUUGAGACCUUGCUGUCUACACUGCACGCGGCUACCUCUGAACCUGAUGUCUCAGAACACGCUUUCGACGACGAGUCCAUACCUCCCUCCAAGCGCCGUAAACUCUCACAGCCACUCUUCCCUCCCGAGUCCGUCCCCUCGCCUCGCCUGAAUUACCCCAUCCCUCGCGUCUCAGCACCGUCCUUCGAUACCAUGCAAGAGCAUAUCCUCGAAGUUGGCACACCCCUGGUAAUUACCGACGCAGUGGAACAUUGGCCGGCGAUGUCGACUCGGCACUGGAAUUCCCGCGACUACUGGUUCGACCGCACGUUCAACGGCCGCAGGCUUGUGCCCGUUGAAGUGGGCAGGUCAUACACAGAUGAAGGAUGGGGACAGAAAAUUAUGGAGUUUAGGGAGUUCAUGGACAAACAUAUUUGGCGAGGAAAGCUGAAUUUCAAUGCUCGACAGCGUGAUGAGCAUGGCAACUCUGGAGACGAAGAUGAGACUGGGUAUAUGGCACAGCACGAUCUUCUCUCGCAGAUUCCCGCUUUGCGCAACGAUAUCAGCAUACCUGACUGCUGCUAUAUCGAACCCCCCAGCGCGGAACCGGGCACGCCUGUGUACCUAGCCAAGCAGCGAGAGCGCGAAGCAGCAAAGGCCUAUAAGGCGGAGAAAGCGACGAGCCCGAAAGCAGACCAGUCAUCCUCUUCGACUGAAAAGGAUGACAACGCGUCAGAGGCGGGCUCUCCAAUGGCAUUCCCGACUGACCCCAUCAUCAACACCUGGAUCGGACCGUCAUGGACUAUCUCACCUCUUCAUCACGAUCAGUAUCACAACAUCCUCGUUCAGGUGGUGGGUACCAAAUACAUCCGACUCUACUCACCGCACACCCCAGCUUCCCAGAUUCACCCACGGGGUCAAGAAUGGGUAGCUUCCAAGGACGAAACCGAAUCGGGGACUUCGUCCGAAGGCGAACCAGCCACGAGACUCAUCGACAUGUCCAACACUUCCAAGGUCGAUGUUGCAGCGAUUGAACUUUCCCCCGCAGAGGAGGAACAAUGGGAGGCUAUGUGGCCUGGAUUUCUGCAGGCGGAGUACGUUGAGACCGUGCUGCACGAGGGCGAGUGUCUAUACAUCCCCGUCGGAUGGUGGCACUAUGUUCGGGGGCUACGAGCUGGAAUUAGCGUCAGCUUCUGGUGGGGUUGA